GGCGUCUUGAGGCGCCGGAAGCAGCAGUCUAUGAAUCAUGUAUACUGUGUGCGGUUUUCCUUAGGAGCAAGUUCGGCUGGAUGCUUGUAGGGUGAUAGGGUUGUUCGAGGGGUUGGGUGAUGGAGGUAGAUAGGAUAAGUGUUAGAUGGACCGUUCGGAUGGAAAUAUUGAUGAUUGGUAAUUGAGGAAGGUUGUUAGAGAUGAUUGAUUGUUAUUGUUUGUUUGCGUGGUAGAGUGGCUUAGAUGGGUGAGGAUGAACUUGAAGUGUGGAAAAUUGCUUUAGUUAGACAAAGAAUCGUGUAUUCUCGAGCUCUUUAAUUAAGGAAUACUGAAAUUUUGAAAUUUUCAAGUUAAACAAUUUUUGAAUUCUGGAAUCCUGAAUUUUUGAAAUUCUAGAAUUGAUUUUAUAAUAAAAAAAAAAAAAAAUGAUAUAGAAGUCGUGAAUUUAAUGGGCAAUUUAAAACUGAAGAUAUUUGUCAAAUGAUUCAUGAAAGACUAUGGGUAAAAAUAAAUCACAAUCAGUACUUAAAAUUUCACGAUAAAAACAUCUGUAAGUAUGUUUCAGAGUUAUUCCCAGAAGGUAUAAGCUUUUGGUAAUCAAACAUGAGUAGAGUAGGAUCAUUCUCUUCGCAUCUCAUGCUUGUCAUAUGAUUCUCACCUGUCAGUUAAUGAUAAAAGCAAACAACAAACGCUAUUUCCUUUUCUUUGGUUGACCGAUUGCAUAAAAUAAGACUUAUUAUCGGUGCUCUCAUCGUGCAGUUUGCUUUGAAACUUGGAACAGUUUUCUGUUACGAAAAACUCGUUUCAAUGAUUUUGUUCAAUUCUAGUGGUGUCAGUUUAAUUUUAUGAGCUCAUUAAAGACCAGUCUGUGAUAUAUUAGGUGUAUAAAUAAAUUCUCGUGGUAUUCUUCACAAAUAAACAAUAUCAGUAUUGCAUAUUAAUUAAAAUUCUAGUUCUAAUAGACUUCUAAUGGAAAUCUAAUGAGGAUUCUUUUCAUUACAAAUAAAAUGUAAAAUUUUUUGUUCACUCGGCGGACCAUGGAGGGAGCCACGAAUUUCUAAAUUUUACACCGUUCUUUUCAAAAUUCUAUACAUUUAACGUUAGAUUAACAUCUUUGCACAUGUUUUGUAAGUUUGGAUCACGAUUGACUCAGGUUCCACUGUUCAAGGAUUGAGAAGGUAUUUGGGCAAUUUUUGUGACAAAAAUGUCCUGUAGAUCUGAACAGUUUGUGAAGCGUGGUGUGGUCGUUCAGGGCCUGCAAUUUCAGCGUAUUGUCCCAGAGACGUCAUUUGAGGAUGAUCUGUCAGUGUGUAGUAGCUUCGACGACGCGGACGGAGAAGACCCAGAAGACUACAGGCAACCAAGGCGACCCCAUUGGGCUAACAAAGUACAAUUCGUUCUCGCCUGUAUUGGGUAUUCCGUGGGUCUGGGCAAUGUUUGGAGGUUUCCUUACCUUUGUUAUAAAAGUGGAGGUGGUGUGUUCUUGAUACCUUACUUCAUCAUACUUAUAGUAUGUGGGGUACCAUUAUUAUACAUGGAACUUAGUAUCGGACAAUUCACACGACGAGGGCCAAUAGGUGCUCUCGGUCAAAUUUGUCCCUUAUUUAAAGGAGCUGGUCUGUCAUCGGUAGUAAUAUCAUUCUUGAUGUCGACCUACCAUAAUGUGAUAAUAGCAUACGCCAUAUAUUAUUUCUUCGCGGCGUUCAGAGCAAAACAACCAUGGUCAGACUGCGAUAACUCGUGGAACACAUUGGCGUGUUGGUUACCAACUUACAGUGUCAUCGACAACCGUACAAGACCCAACGCUUCUAGAACACCAUCCGAAGAAUUUUUUGACAACAAAGUACUCCAAAUCAGUAAAGGAAUCGAAGAAUCAGGAGUACUUAGAUGGGAAUUAGUUGCUUGCUUAAUUACUGCCUGGAUAAUGGUGUACUUCUCGGUAUGGAAGUCAAUAAAAUCAUCAGCACAAGUUAGAUACAUCACCGCGACUCUGCCAUUCAUUUUGAUCGUGGUCUUUCUUACACGGUCCCUCACCCUUGAAGGUGCUGACAAGGGUCUGCAAUUUUUCUUCCAUCCUCGUUGGGAACUCCUUAGUGACGCAAAGGUUUGGAUCAACGCGGCAGCACAAAUAUUUAAUUCCGUUGGCAUAGCGUUCGGUUCGAUGAUAUGCUUUGCCAGUUAUAAUAAAUUCCACAACACUAUUCUAGUAGAUAGCGUAGCUGUUUCACUUAUUAACGCGUUUAGUAGCUUACUGGUUGGGAUAUUUUCAUUCGCCACUAUUGGAAACAUCGCUGUGGAACAAAAUAUGUCUGUCGAAGCCGUCCUAACAGAUGGACCUGGUCUUGUAUUCGUUGUAUACCCGCAAGCACUAGCCAAGAUGCCAGCAUCACAAGUGUGGGCCGUGUUAUUUUUCUUUAUGCUAGUCUGCCUUUCUUUGAAUAGUCAGUUUGCAAUAAUGGAGGUAGUAGUAACAUCAAUCCAAGAUGGUUUUCCAAGAUGGGUAAAACGUCACCUCGUAUGUCACGAAACAUUAGUACUUUUAAUAUGCGUCAUAUCUUUUCUACUUGGCCUCCCUAAUAUUACUCAGGGUGGAAUCUAUUUCUUCCAAUUAAUAGAUCACUACGCAGCCUCGAUAUCAAUCAUGUUUCUAGCUUUCUUUGAAGUGAUUGCUAUAUCUUGGUGUUACGGUGUUAAAAGGUUGAGUAAUAAUGUGAAAGAGAUGACUGGACGUGUACCAUCUUCUUAUUUUAGAUUUUGUUGGCGCAUUGCUGCGCCUCUUCUUAUCAUGGCUGUGUGGGUAUUCAGCUUAAUUGAUUAUGAACCACCGACCUACCACAACGGGGAGUACAAGUACCCAUGGUGGGCAGAGGCGAUCGGUUGGGGAAUAGCUUCUCUUUCUCUCAUUUGCAUUCCAGCUUAUGCGAUUUAUGAGUUCGUCAAAGCCAAUGGCAACACAUGCCUCGAGAAAUUACGAAAUUCCAUUAAGCCGCAUUUCGAAGCUUGCAAAAUCUGCGGACAGGAAUACUGCACCGAACCAAUGCACAGUUUUGAAGAUGAUAUUGUAAUCAAAGAACAACAGGAAUUGAAUAGUCCGAUACAAUUGAAUACCACUAGCUUUUUACCGAAAUCCCAGACUUGAUGGAGGAAAAAGGAAAGAACAUUAAAUUUUCAAUUCACGAGUACCUUUCUUUGUAUAAAGUGUUUCUGCAGAUAUUUGUUGUAAAUGAAGCUGAUAUUCAUUUUUUUUUUUGUGAGACUCACUGUAAAAUAAAAAAAAGAGCCUGUAAAUUUUAUAGGAAAUGCUGACAUUCAUCAAUUUCUUAAUUUUUCUCUAAAUUUAUUAUAAGAAUACAGAGUACAUUGUAUUUGAUGAUGUUUCAGUGAUGACGAGACACAGGGUGAUUCUAGAUAGAAGACAAAUAAAUUGGAAAAGAAAAAUAAAGUAUUUUUUGUAAAGAAAAAAUUUCCUCAUAAGGCUAUAAUUGAUGUACAGUGAUUCAUGACACUUAAUUAUUAUAAACUGUAAUAGCCACCUUAUGAUGAAAUUUACUACUUUUCUAUUAUAUUUAAUUUAUGUAGGAAUUUAAUUUUUAAUUGAAUCGAAAUAACUUAUUGUCAGGUAUGCCUCAUUUUUUUUUUUUUUUUGUAUUUAUUUAUGACGGUCUUUCAAAAUGGUGUCAUUUUCUCAGUAGGUACGUACUUCGAACAUAAAUGGGACAUUUAAUUAAAAUUUUAGAUUCCAGGAUCACCCUAUCUUAUUACAUGACGUAGAGAUUAUAAAGGUGUAUAAUGUAUAGAAUUAAAAAACAACUUCUAUGAAAUUCAAA